CCCAGCAGUCAUACCGAGCAUAGCCUGCGUGUCAGUGCAGUCGACUUACAGCUGGCUGUGAGGACAACUGGCGCUUUUUGUUUGCUCUUUAUCACCGCGAUACAUUUACACAUAUUUCGAAAAAAGUGUCAACUCGGUGUCUCUCUGUGGGUUUAUUUUAUUCAAGUUUUACAAAUAAAUUAAACUAAAGUUGGAGGCUGGGCCUUUAGCUUGUUGACCGUAGCUUGAGAGGAGAAGAAGAAGAAAAAAGCUGGUCUUUUUGUGGUAAAAACUCGAUAAAUGCUACUAACGAAAAUGGAUCUGUUAAACUACCAGUACCUGGACAAAAUGAACAACAACAUCGGCAUUCUCUGCUACGAAGGUGAAGCAGCUCUGAGGGGCGACCCCAGACUCCAGUCCCUGUCCCUGUCCUCUUCCUCAUCCUCCUCCUCAUCGUCGUCCUCCUCCUCUUCCUCCUCCAUCUCCAACCACAGGACGGGUCCUCCUCCCAUCAGCCCCACCAAGAGGAAGCUAAGCGGGGACCAGGGCGACAGCGACAUGGACGACAACGAGCAUGUGGCAAAGAUGAGCCGCCUGUUUGCCACUCAGCUGAAACCCAAUGGAGACUACCGCAGCUCUCCCAUGUCCAAGGACCAGAGCCGGAGCCCCAUCGAGCGCGUGAUGGUGCCCAGCGCUCUGGGAGUCCACGGCAACCACCUUUACAGCCAUGCCCACCACCACCACCACCACCACCACCAUCUGGCUAGCUUAGCCGGGAUGGACCAGCCGCUGGCGCUCACCAAAAACAGCAUGGUGGAGUCUGCACGCAGCAGCACGGCAGCUAUGGCAACAGUGCCGCACGCAGUCAGCGCCGUGGAACGCCAGCAGAAUCGUCCUUCAGUGAUCACAUGCGCCCCAGCCAACAACCGCAACUGCAACCUGUCCCACAACGGCUGCUCAAGCCUGGCUAACAACUACAGAAGAAUCAACACCAAUACAGCCUGCGACCCGGUGAUUGAGGAGCACUUCCGCCGCAGUCUGGGUAAGAACUACAAGGAGCCCGAGCCCACCGCCUCCAACUCUGUGUCCAUCACCGGCUCGGUGGACGACCACUUCGCCAAGGCGCUGGGCGAGACCUGGCUGCAGAUUAAAAACAAGGGGAGCCCCUCGUCGUCCGGCAGCAGCCCAAACUCCUCCCCCGACAGCCACAUGGUCAAUCACAACCACUCCCCUUCUGUGGUCUCCUGAAGGAGGCGGGGUUUCAGAGGGAUUUGUCCUUCUCUCCCCCGAUCAUCUCGGCUCCAAAACCCAUGCCCUCGUCACUUUGUUCUGUCACCAGCAUCCCAGAGGGAAUGCCUGCCUGCUGGUCUGCUAAAAACAUCAAAAAAAAACUCAAGUCUGCACUCAUAGAGAAUCAAGCAAUAACAACACGGACGUUUCCCCCCCCUUCUGUCUUCUGGUGGUAACGCCAGACUAUAAUGAGUGAUGAGGUUGGACUUUGGGACUCGACCGGAGCAUCAAGCUGCUCCGUCCAAUCAUUCAUCAUCCCUGCAUGUCGAGCUUGGAGCUGAGCGAAGAGUCUGUAGUUUUAUGUACAUAAAGAGAGGAGAAAGGCGAUGUUUUAAUUAUUAAUUUUCUUCUUUAUCCUGUUUGUUUGUUUCUUUAACAGUAGUUUUGUGUACUGCUUUUUGCGUUAUGAGAUGCCCGACUUUUGGAAAAAGAGAACACUUUGGAGAAAAGUCAUCACAAACCACCCCACUGUGCUACCAAAGAAACCUCGACGAUGUUUAUGAACGCCCACCUCGAAAACAAAACAACAAGAAGCCAUCAUGUGAUCUCCCUCGGUUUUGUAUCUCUUUUCAUCCUCUCACUAUCCUUCUCUCCCUCUGCCCUGUGUGUGUUGUGCUGGUGUUGUUACUGUAUGAAUACUUAGCUGAUCCAUUUAGCUUGCACUGCUGCCAUAGAGGGUAACGAGUGACACAUCAAGGUUUUAAUGGGGCUGAUAACGCUGAUUUGACACAGUCUGCUGUCAUCCUGCCCAAGUAGAAAACUCCAUUAGAUUUCAACAACAGUUCAUCUGAAGACUAGCUGGGAAUAUUCUCACCCUGGGCCUGGCACGACAUUUAAAGUAGCAUUGUUAUGCUUUUGUUUAAUGAAAAAUGCAUAGUAGUGGGGUUGGGCAGUAUAACAUGUUAGAGAUGUCCUUCGUAACACACAUGUGGGUACCCCACGCUUCAAUAUGAAGCACAUGUGGUCACAUCACAGCAUGUUAAGUAUAGCUGUUAACUACAAACACACGCUUGCAUAGUAAGAGAAGUUAAGGAACAACGUCAGGUGUAAACUGCUUCAUGCUUAUUAUUGGUAAUGGUGCCAAAUAGUUGCAAGCACAGGCAGGUUAUGGGAUCAGUUAACUGCAGUGUGGAUGGACAUCACAGGCAUUAUGAGAGCAGCUCAGGGCUGAAACACAGCUGUACCAGAGUCAGUGUAGCUGAACAAUGAGCUUUGAUGUAUUCCACUGGCUUAACUGCUGACAGUGAUGAGGGGAUAGGUGACGCUGCAUGUCACUUUGUGGUUGGGGGGGGAGGAAUAGUCUGGUUUCUGGACCGGGGGAGAGAAGAUUAUUUCGAUCUCUUCACACACACCUUGGUUUUUGUGUCUCUUUGAACACGGGUGUUGUAAUUAUAUUUGACAUACGCCCUGCUACCCCUCCCUCUCCUACACACUGUGGUUUGGUCUAUUUCUACAAAGGUUUGAAAAAAAUGCUUUUUACGGAUGCAUGUUUUUUAUUGUUUUGUUUUUUAAUAGCUGGUAUCUAUUAAUGUUUUUAAGCCGCAUUUCAAUCCUAACUACUAUUAGCCUUUUCAUUCAGACGUUAGUUGUUACUUCUUUCGAUGUCAGUAACGGACAUAGACACUAUACACUCACUGCUGGGUCAGUCGUACUCCAUAUUAUUAUUGUUAUUAUGACAAUUUUGUAUUAUUUUGUUUUCCAUUAAUAUCAGUAUGGUAACAAUCAUCUAUAGCGGGACAGCCUCCGGACAGGCUCUGUGUAACGAUGAGAGCUGCGUUUCUCGAAAACUUUCUCAGCGCCGCUACCGACCAGUCGCUCCCGCAGCAGAGCGGAGAUCUUCCUGGUGUUGAGAUGGCUUUCGGGAUACGCAGCCCAUAAAGGUUUUCUUAAGAUGUUGAUCCAUCGGUGGUACAGGACGCUACAACCUUCAGCAUGACUGAUCUGAGACACCAAAUUAGCAAAAAAUAGUCAACUAGGCCUUGUUCUCCUGAAAAGCAUCUGCAGCCUGAGAUCAAAUGUACUCUUAUGAGUCUGUGUCAUCUUAAAGUCACCACCUCGGUACCAGCCUUAACUCCCAUUACUGCUGCAUUACUAAAAGUACUUAAUAUAGAAUAGUCUAGCAUGCGAUGAUGCUUUCAAGUAACAGGGUAUUGUAUAGUAAGCUUAUUAAUGUUUAAGAGCUAAAACAAACGUUAAUUAGAUACAUUCGGAUCUCACAGCUCUAAUACUUCACCAGUUGACUCUUUUCUGUCCUGACUUGGUGUCCAGAUCUUUUUUAAUUCAAUGCUUUCAUUUUUGAACAACCUUGUAUUGUAUCUGCAGUUAAGCUAGACUGCUGCAGUUGAGACACAAAUCCUUUUACUGUUGAAGAGCCUGCGCCAAGGUGGCAUACAUUCCUCCUAUAGGGAAUUUAGUACAGGCCUCAGUUUCUCCUUAUCAACAGACAGAGCUCAUAACAGCCACGGCCAACUGGGUUUCUGACACUUUCCCGGAGUUACAAUUGAUGUGAUAAUAAAAGGAGAAAUAAGCUUUCUUUUUAAAAACAGACCACCUUUUUGAGAACAUUGGGAGCAUAGAAUAUACUGAGGCCGUAACAAUAGACAGUGAUGGGAGUCAUACUGCAGCAAAGAACAGAAUGAUUUCAUGUCUCUGCGCUGAGGCUGAAAGGUGACGCGGUUCAUAUGUGUUUGUGAUGGAUGUACUCAUCCUUUAUCAAAAUGACCGUAACCACAGUUAAGUACUCUUUCUCCCAUGUUCUAGAAUGACCACACAUUCCAUCCUAGACUGAAGCAAACUGACAAUGACAGUUGUAGAAUCAGAUUGAGAUUUACAGCAUGUUCGAUCAGAAUGACACUCCCAGUGGAAUCAUUUCCAAAACGAAUAAGUACUCUUAGUCUAAAUGUGCUUUCUGUGACAGCUUCAGAGUUUGGAUGGAGAUGUUUAGCGGGGAGGAGCAGGGCUUCAGGAGCUGAGCUUCUGUAAGCACGACCUGUGAGCCAGGAGAUGUUCGGCUGCCACUGAGGGUCUCACAGCCCUCCCCCCUCAGAUUCAGCAGAUUUAUAUUUGAUGUAGAAAGCAACAUGUGAGAAAACACGAGGGAAAAGGGCUCAGUGUCCAGAGGAUUUUGUUUUUCUAUUUUUCUUUCUCCUUAUUAUUUCACUACCACCCUGUAGGUAGGAGGCUCUCUCUUUGCUUCGGCACACACUCCCUACACGCUGUAGGAAAAUCACUUAAUACAAAAAUACUUUUUUAUAAUAGGUAACUAUAAGACCAUCAUUACGCUGUGCGUAAGGAAUGUACAGAGAAAAAAAUCGUAGGUAUUUUUUGAGGAACAAUUAAUUUGUUAAUGAUAUGUAGCUAUUUAAUUGUUUUUUUCCUGUCCUUAUAUUGUAAUCAUUGCAUUUUCUUUUUUGUGAAAAAAGUUGAUCUUUUUUGUUUAUAGAGUUUGUCUUGUUAGAGUAAAGGUUCAAGUGCAGGAACACAGCAAACGUAUGAAACCACAAUAAGGCCACUGGUGUGUCGGGGACAAUCGCUACUUCCAUUGCAAUGUCCUGCAAUCAUUUAACUUGUGUUCGAUCAUGUGACUCCAGAGACAUCCGAACAAAAGAGUCUGUCCUUUUAGAGGCCUAUUGAACAUAACCCUGCCACUAGCCCAUUGAGCCUUGCCGGCCAUUUCCAUUUAACUAUUGAAAAGAUAAUAACAACAACAUUGUGAUGGGCUAGCAGGCGAGUACGUUUUCCACAUGUGCGGGUAAGGGUUAUAAAUGUUGGGUUUUGAAGGUAUUUUGAUGUUUUAGAUGGGAACUGAGCUACAAAUGAGAACCAUCAGUCCAUUUGAUAACAGAUUGGCUUUUCACUGAAAUCAGAAUUCUGAACUGGUGAAAAUCCUGACUGCAUUUUCAUACUUUUUGUUGUGCUCAAGUUCAUCGUCUGCAUGUCUGAAAAUAGGCUUUGGUUCAUCACCCUUGUAUCUGAUGUGACAUUUCCCAUCUGGAGGCCAUUUUGAUCUGUAACCAAGUGAACAACAUGAAAAUUGUGCAGAUAAAUCAAAGCGGAGUUGGUCUUUACUUUGGCUGUACCACAAUUUCCUGGUCCUUUUUGAAGUGGAAGUAGCAUGUACUUAGUGGUAGUAAUACUCUGAACUGUAAAAAAAAAAUGGUAUCAAGUAAACUACAGUCGAUUUGUGGCUCUGUGUCUCUACUAAAAAGGUUUUGGCAGGCCACCUUUUUUUGUACGUAAAGUAGCCUUGAUGAACAAUAAAGUGCUUUUAAACCACUGUC